GCAACACCGGUAAACGUUCUCAUCUGUGGUGCGAACGCGUUGCGCUCGGCGCCGUCUUCGCGAUUGUCAAGAAAGUAAAAUCGUAAAAAACUAAAUGAGUACUGUGUGAAUUAGACUGUAUUUAUUGUCGCCUGUGCUAAUUGUUUUGUGGAUAUUUGAGUGAGCAAUUACAGCCGCGCCGCCGGCAUCGUGGCACAUGAAUACAGAUCAGACCAGAUAUGACCGUCAGAUCCUGACAGCAUCAAGCAUCCUAACUAUAAGCCAGCAUUUAGUGUAAGCCAAAAUGUCGCACCAUUUCGUCACGGUGUGCCUAUUCUGCCUUCUCUGCGCGGCGCACAGCUGCGGAUCCCAUAUAGACAUACAAAACGAUGGAGUUUUAACCUUCGACCCUGCAACAGAAGUGAGACACAUAGCUGUUAUAGAAGAUAAAAGAAAAGAAGACAGGUACCAGAGACUACAGAAGACUAAACACAGAGACAGAUCCAAAAGGGAGCUUAGAAAUGUGAACCCUAACGCGUAUGUAGAGAAAAUUUUCCGGCUGUACGGUGAUGCUGCGAGCAUGACCAUGAAUCUGACUGGGUUCAAUACAAUGCUGAAGAAUUUGGAUCUGGACACGUUGGUCACGGGUGGAGUUGAAAAGACUGAGAAUAUAGAAUACAUCGGCCAGACUGGCGCUAAGCAGGAUAUUGUAAAUUGUGUCAGCAGUGCUGAACUAAUAACCACAGUAAACACGCGGUUAAAACCGCCACACGACCACAACCACGACGUGGAUGACCACGAAGCAGAGGGCUUCCUCUCACAAGACACCCUACAGGCCAUCUGCCCCAUACUGUUAUAUCAAAAACUAGCGAACACAUCUUUAGAGCAACAUGGUUGUGUAAAAGAAACCAAUCUUCCCAGCAGAAGAGUGGAGGACAGGGAUUUGAAAGAAAAAGAGAAUGCGUACUCCAAAAACAUGCUCGCAGUUUGGUUGUACUCCUGUUUAAGUAUAGCCAUCAUCAGCGCUUGUGGGCUUCUAGGAGUUGCUGUAAUACCUAUCAUGCAUAAGACCUACUACAAUCAUUUACUGCAAUUCCUUGUAGCGUUAGCUGUAGGCACAUUAUGUGGUGACGCGUUGUUGCAUUUGAUGCCUCAUGCAAUGAGUCCUAUCGAGGAUGACCAUAGCCAUGAUCAUGACCAUGAAACGGCUGUACAAGUCAGUCAUUCACAUGAUGAUGGGAUGUGGAAGGGGCUAGCGGCUAUGAUGGGAGUAGUCUUCUUCUAUUUCACUGAAAAGGGUUUAACAGUCGUUGUGGAAUGGAGGAAACGUCGUCAAAAGUUGGAAGAAGACAAACUUCCUCCCCGCGUCCGUGUGUUGAAAGACGAAAGUGUGGGUGGGUGCUCAGGUGGUGCUAAGGCUCCGAUUACCAAUUCCACGUCGAAUUCUAUAAUGAACAUCAUAAAAAGAGACGAAAAAGGUGAUCCUACAACAAAGACAUGCAAGCAUAAAUAUUCUGGAUACCCUUACUGCUACGAUGAGAUUGAUACUGAUACGCAUGAUGAUCACCAUAUGAGGGAUGGUCAGAUUCCUCCCUCUCCUAAAGCGAAGCACAAUAAUUCUGUCAGUGUAGUCUCUUCGAAUGCCCUGAACCCUGAGGCUAAGGAGGAACCGACGGCCAAGGAUUGGUUGCUGAAGGCUGAAACGCCAGCGGUGGUGGAGAUGAACAACAUCAAACAUAAAGAGGAUGGUGCUAAGGACUUGAAAGAUGGGGACAGCUACACUGUUAUAUUGAGAGAGCACUCGCGCGCGCACCAUGGUCAUUCGCACGCGCACGGGCACGUGCACGCGCCGCCUUCCUCCAUGUCCUCUGUCGCCUGGAUGGUCAUCAUGGGCGACGGGCUCCACAACUUCACUGACGGGAUGGCUAUUGGUGCUGCAUUCGCUUCAAACAUAGCCGGUGGGUUCUCUACGGCCAUCGCUGUUCUGUGUCACGAGCUUCCCCAUGAAUUAGGCGACUUCGCGGUGCUCCUCAAAGCGGGCAUGUCUGUCAAGCGAGCGGUCUGCUACAACAUCCUAUCAUCGGCUCUAUGCCUCGCCGGGAUGGUCUGCGGAGUCUUAGCCGGCCACGCGCCUUCCGCCACCCGCUGGUUGUUCGCGGUCGCUGCUGGCAUGUUCUUAUACAUCGCCCUUGUGGAUAUGAUGCCCGAGCUCAGUACAUCCCACAGCAAGGAAGGUACACUCUGCCAGUGUAUCCUACAACUCCUCGGUUUGGCUUGCGGAGUUGGCAUCAUGCUGGUCAUAGCCCUAUACGAGCAUGACCUGAAGAACUUAUUUGGAUAAGUGACAGUGAAGUGCGGUGAACGUGUCAUGACAACUCGUGACAAAGUCAUGUACAGUUGUGACAGUCAUGAACGGUUGUGACAGUGGAUUGUGGAACAGUGACAGUGAAUUGUGAAACGGAAAAAAAAUAUCAAGAAAACUGCGAAAACUUCAAGUUGAACAGUUGGUAUGGUAAUAUAAGUACUUACGAGCCUGUGGUAUCAGUUUUUAUUGCUGGACACAUUUUGCUACUACACUACUUCCUAUCAAUAUUAAAUCAGUAUAUAAAUUUGUAUUUAAUAAAAGUUUUCUGGCCUUCAAUGUUUCAAAAUGUUGGACAUACAAAAUGAGAUAUGAAGUUGAAGAAAUUAACUGCUACAAAAAUGGUGACGAUUAAAUCCAGUGAAAUGUUGUGAAAAAAUGCAAUUGUGUCGGAAAUUUGGUGCCAACAAAGUGAUUAAAAUCGGUCUACGAAAAAAAAAACUUAAAAAAUAACCAGUGAUAUGUGUAGCGUAACUUAAUUCUAAGUAAGUAGUGAAGAUCCGUACUUAAUAUGGAAUUACUUAUUUUUGCCCGGGGUCUAACGGACCCCAACUGAUUUUUCUGGGGUCUUACGGACCCCAAAUGAUUUCCAGUGAUUGUGUUUGUAAAUGUUAACUACUCUGUUUAAAUAUGAGCUAUGUUUGAAAUUAUCAGUUAUUAAUUAUUUCUUAAUGUAUAUUAAUUAAUUAAUAACAAGAUGUAUAAUGAUUGAAUGGUAUGUCAACUUAUUGUGGGGUACUUCAGACCCCAAUGACAUUGAUGCUUAAAUCGAAAAACUGUUAUCCUAUAAAUUAUUUUAAGUUUUAAAUAAAUAAUUAAAAUUAAAUCGAAAAGAUCUCAGAGAUGUUAACAGAAUUGUUUGAAAUCAUACAUUUUGCUCAAAAUGUUCAAAUUGUUAAUUUUUUUCUUGGAACUCGAAUAAAUCUGGCUACAUGGUUGUGUA